CUCGUGGAAUGGCUGCAGGCAGACGGGAUAGUCUUGCCAGAUCACGUUUCCCUGACCAGUACUGACGGAACGAGCAGUCAAACAUAUUCAGACAAUGAGAAUGAAGACAUUGGAUGGCGAAGAGGCGAUGACCGUCAUAGUGAUUCGUCUCCUUCGUUUCUUUCUGCGUUCGAGCUGGCCUUGACAGAAGCUCUUGCGGAAUUGGGCGGACAAGCUGUCCCAAAGAUGAAUUGGAGCGUGCCUUGCGAUGCAGCCUGGAUCAAUGGUGGGACUUUAAAGUGCGAGACCCCCGGUGACAUCAUGCUCCUGCUCAAGAGCUCCGAUCGCGUUCAGGAGGAUCUGAAUCGCCUCCUUAAAACGUCCGCGCCACCCGACAUUCCUUUUAGAUUCUCGCCCACGCUGACGCUCCGGAAAUGGGCGACCCUGCUCCCCUUUAUGCUUUUUCGCUGCUUUAUUUACCGUUCCUCUCUCUGCGCCAUCAGCCAGCGGGAGCCUUCUGCCUUCUAUCCCUUCCUCGCUGCUCAAGAGUCUCGCCUGAGCACGCUCCUUUAUGACUUCUUCCAGCACGAGGGAAGAGAGGGGCUUACGGGCCUUCAGAGACUAUUUGAACACGGAGAAGGGACAAUGAAGGAUGAAGUGAAAGGAAAAGGAGGACUGGCUGAAGAAACAGAUAUGGAAAUGGGAGGAAAAGAAGGACUGGCUGUAUGCGUGGACGUGUAUGUGGACCGACGGGACAAGGUCUGGGUGCUUGACGUAGCUCCUUGGGGCCCGCCUACCGAUUCGUUGCUAUUUGAGUGGGUCGAGGCGUAUGCAGAGGAUGACAGUGGGGGACAUGUGCCAUGGAAGCUCGAUUCGAUGGAUGGUCGCCAGGGUAUUUCAGCGGGAGGAAAGGAGCAUGUGAUCUAUCGGGUAGGAGACGGAGACAUCUCCAUAAAGCCGGACCCUUGGUCUUCAUGCCGCGUCCCUUUGGAGAUGAAGGAGCACAUGGUGGAAAAGGUUUUGACAGAUACAAAAAAUAAUGGAGAAUCCGAAGCAUCAGAGAUAUUGGAUUUGCAAGCGAUUCAGCGGACAACGCUCAGAGAGCAAAGAGGAGGCGAGAAAGCGGAUAGCAGCGACAGUACUGAUGAUGGUGCAGGUAUUGCACGCAUAAAUUUACUUUGAAAGUCAAUAGUGCUCUACCUGCUAGUCAAUGGUAAGUGUUUUUCUGUGGAAACAACCAUCUUGCUUUAUGCGAGGGUCUAUGGCGCCUUGAACAACAAAAGCUUCGCACGGCUCCAUCUAUCUGCGCCAAUGACGUACCUGUCGGCAGCUGAGAAAGCGCAAAAAAGGACAUUAUCAGUCGAGAUGGCAACAGCAAGCGAGUAGAAUGGAAUGCGAACCCACUGCCACGCCCACUGCCACGCCCACUCCCUCGCCUACUCCCAUGCCCACGCCGGCGCCUUGUCCUUGAUCAUCGUGGAGCAGUGUUUUUAAAAAUGUUGGGAAGCCACAGCCACCGCCACACCUACUACGUCGCCGACAGCCAC